AUUCCGCUUGAUAGACAUAACUGUGGGGCGGAGCAUGGCAAAAAAUGGAACCAUUCUCAGGGCCAGAAUCUGCAUGGGCCGUGGCUUGGCCCGGUGGCCGUCCCCAGAGUCCAAACCGCGUGCAACUGUUUUGGGGCGUGGCCAGGAUCGAGGGUGGAGCUUAGUGGAAAACUAACCAAUCCAAAUGCCGGGACCUUAGAGAGACGUAGCCUAUGCCCAACCUGUGCUUGUCUAAGCUCUGGGCCACGAAGUAUGCACACGACGUGGGGGCGUGGCCGGCACCGGAGGCGUAACUCGAUAGGGACUUGGCCAAUCCAGGCCUGUGCAAUUGCCCAAGGGGCGUGGCAGUGUCCCUUAAAAAAAGUCAAUAGCGUGGACCUGAGAGAAAAGCAUCUGGCUUAGGGGGCGUAGUCAGAGUUGUUGUUCUGCGUGUGGACCAAUCCUGGUGUUAGUUUCUAAGUAGGGCGGGGCCUGCCUCGAACGUGUGACCAAUCCUGUUGUCAAGGGCUGAGUUGGGAGAGCUGGGGGCAUGAUCUGUCAAAACUUUGACCAAUAGUGGAGCUAGGCCAGCCCAGGAACGAAGUUACCGGGUGCCGGAACCAGGGAGGAUGUUAGCGUUUGAAGAGGGCGCGACCUAGCCUCGGGGGCGUGGCUAGUGGGGAUCCUGGCCAAUCGCACCGUGGUGUUGAGGGACGUGGCCCAUGGGGGGCGCAGCCUGUGCCGGUUCCGGGCCGCCCGGGGGCGUGGCCGGGCCUGGACUUCGGCCGACCGAGGCCAUGUCCGCGCCGCCGGCUCUGCAGAUCCGCGAGGCGAACGCACACCUGAUGGCCCUGCACCGGCGUGUGGCGGAGCUGGAGGCGCAGCUGGACACGGCAGAGCGCACGGUGCACGAGCAGGCCGAGCUUCUGAGCCGCCACGACCAGCAGCUGCGCGCCGCCCUGGACGAGCUGGGCCGCGCCAAGGACCGCGAGAUUGCCGCCCUCCGGGAGCAGCUGCUGACCUCCGAGGCCACCGUCCGCAGCCUGCAGGCCACCGUGCACGAGAAGGACGAGCUUGUGCAGAGGCUGCAGCCCCGCGCCACGCUGCUCCAGGACAUCUGUCGCUGCCGGCCACCCCUGGCCGGACUGUUGGCCACGCUGGCCGAGGCGGAGCGCCUGGGGCCCCUGCAAGCUGGUGACCCUGGCCACCCACUCCCUGGUGGGCCUGGUCCGCCCCUUGCCAACAGCACCGGGAACGAGGAGGACACGGACCCCCUCCAGCCUGCGGUGUUUGGGACCACAGUGUGAGCCCUGAGCCCCGGCGUGCGGGUUCCAGCAUGGACAGACAGACAAGGCCCCUUUAAAUGGACCUCCGCUGCUGUGGGUGUCUUUGGGGUGUCCUGGAAGGUGCCCCAAGGUAGAGCCCUAAUCCCGGUCAACAUCAGAGCAGGCGAAAGGGUCCAAGUUUCAAUCGGGUCCUUGGGCUAAAUGCAUAAACGAGAUGUUUAGCCCAGGUUUUCUUUUAAAAUUAGAACCAAUCACUCUUGUUGGAAACUGGGCAAUGCUUACACAAAAUUCUGGAGUUCUCGCUUCAGACUGGGCCAUGCCUGCCUGAUCUGAGGCCAGGGCUCCCUCCCCAGCCAGGCAGCCCCCGCCGCCCCGAACCUCUGAGCCCUUCUGUCCAGUGGAGGCGGACGGUAGCCGUUCCACGUUAUCUGCGUUUCUUGGCCCCCUUCCCCCUUGCCCAUUCUCUUCUUCUGGCACCGGGGCUAGAAGGAAAGCCCCAAGAGAAUUUCUCCUAGACCGGGAUUGGCAGUGCAGAGCCUCCUGCUGGUCUGCAUCUUGCGCUGCUCUUCCGUAGACACGUUUUUCACCUUAGAUUUAUUUCCCCCACGCCGUCCUGUGUGCGGUCUCUGAUGCAGAAGGGAGGGCAGACAGUGGAGACGCGCCGAGAUGCUGGCCAACUGCUGACCGCUGCCCGAUGGUCCUGCCUCAGGGCCUUUGCACCGGCUGUUCCCUCUGUCCAAGAUGCUUUCCCCCCAGGGUUCCGCCUGGUUGCGUCUUCGUCACUCCGGAGGCUGCCCCAGUGGCACCUCCUCAGAGAAGCCUUCCCUGACCACUGUAUCUGACGCCAUUCCUCUUCCCACCGCUGCCUCCCUCAGGCCGGCUGGUGCCAUUACCCUGCUGUUUUCUGUCGACAUCUCACUGUCAGUGAGGACGGGGGUUUCUGUCUGCCUUGUUCUCUGUCCACCAGGGCUGGAUAUUCCAGGAGCCCGGGCGGGCCUUGAAUGGUCUGGGGGCUCCCCGGCACACCUGCCGAGUCCCCCUUCCUUGUAACAAGCAGUUGUCUUUUUUUUUUGUUUUUUCAAGGUUUUUGCCAUAGGGCGCGUGCACUCACCGGAGAGAGUCAGAGAUGGAGACAGAAAGCG